AUGGCAGCUGCUGAACAAACGAACAAUGAUCUUAGGGAGGAGGUUAGUAGCCUCAAAGAAGGUAUGGAAAAGAUAACUGCAAUGAUGAUGGACAUGAUGGCCGCACAGGCACAAGCCUCUCAAGCAAAAAUUGUUCAGACUGUUCAGGGAGAUGUUGAAGUCUCUCAGCCUGCGGGUUCUACUGCAACUAUUAGUACUACACAGCCCUUGGUGAAUCAGUUUUCCUCUGGUGAUAUGACAAAUAUGUAUAGUUCAGGGUUUCGUCCUACUGGCUCUCUUGGUUCUUCUAUUCCUCCUCAGUAUCAUAUGCCGCCAGGCUAUCCGUGGGGCAUGCCACUCGCAAAUAAUGAAGGUGUUCGUCAUAAUGCACCAGAAAUGCAGUUCCCUUUUGGACAUCAACAAACACCGUUUUAUCAGUCCGGCCAGCCUUUUCCUCAGGCCACUAUGACCUAUGCUGGACCCCUCGUUCAUGCUGCUCAUCAAGAAGAAGAACAGGUUUAUCACUCUAAUAGUGUGGCUGGUGAUGAUAGGGUAGGAAACUUGGAAGAAAGGUUUGAGGCGGUGCACAAAGAGUUAAAGACUACCCGUGGUAAAGAAAUGUUCAGUCAGAAUGUGAAUGACCUCUGCUUGGUUCCGGAUGUGGUGAUACCUCAUAAGUUUAAAAUGCCGAUCUUUGAAAAGUACACAGGGGAUACUUGCCCUGAGAUGCACUUAGUCACAUAUGUCAGGAAGAUGGUAGCUCACAAGAAUAAUGAGCCUCUGCUUAUUCACUGUUUCCAGGACAGUUUGACUGGUCCCGCACACACAUGGUAUAUGAAUUUGAAGGGCAUCACAACCUUUGAGGAAUUGGCCAAUGCUUUCAUCCAACAGUACAAGUAUAACUCUUAUCUGGCACCUAACCGGAAAGAACUGCAAUCUAUGACUCAGGGUGAUAAGGAAUCUUUCAAGGAAUACGCUCAACGCUUCAUUCAAAAGUCUGCUCAAAUCCGUCCGCCUCUGGAUGAAAGAGAAGUGUCCGAUCUAUUCUAUGAGACUCUGAGCCCUUUCUACUCAGAGAAGAUGCUUGGUUGUGCCUCACAAAAGUUUACUGAUAUGGUAGAUAUGGGUGUGCGCAUUGAAGAUUGGGUCCGUAAGGGACGUGUGAGUAAAGAUGGUGCUUCUUCAGGUGGUUCAUCUAAUGGUAAUAGGAAGUUCGGAAAUGGGUCCUCAAAGAAGAACGCUCAAGAGGUUGGUAUGGUGGCCCAUGGCGGAUCCCAGCCUAUAUACCCUAGCUACCCCUAUGUUGCUAACAUUCCACCACCUACCCUAACUCCACAAAAUCCAAACUAUCAACUACAAAGGCCUCAAGCACCCCAUCCAUAUUAUCCACCACUAUAUCAACCACAACCUUAUCAACCCCAACCGUUUUAUCAACAACCAUACUAUCCCCCACCACCUCAACAACAACAGCCUCGCCCUCGAGCUCAACAACAACAUACUCGCCCUCAAAGAAACCAAUUUCCCCCUAUCCCCAUGACAUAUGAAGCCUUGUUACCUUCCUUGCUUGCCCGAGGUCUUGUUCAGACCCUACCACCUCCUCGUGUGCAGAACCCUUUACCCCCUUGGUUCCGUGCUGAUCGAAAUUGUGCCUUCCAUCAAGGGGCACCAGGACACGACAUUGAACACUGUUACCCCCUUAAAGAGGCAGUUCAAAAGUUGAUUCACAGCAAAGAUUUAUCCUUCACUGACCCGAACCCUGCUGCUCCAGACCAUCCUCUGCCACCCCAUGGGCCUACUGUUAACAUGGUUGAAGAUUAUCAAGAAGGGGGUCUUGUCACUCGCUCUCAGGAUAUCAAAACUCUGUUGGUUCCAUUACAUGUGAAGAUGUGUGAGGCAGCUAUGUUUAGCCAUAAUCAUAAUAGUUGUGAGGUAUGUUCUGUGGAUCCCCGCGGUUGCGCGCAGGUUCAAGAUGAUGUGCAAGGGCUAAUGGAUCGGGAAGAGCUGGUUGUCACAAGGGAAGAGAAGAGUGUCUGUGUUGUAAUCCCUGUGUUCAAGGAUAGUGCGAAACCAAUUGAUGGUGUUACUCCGGUGUUCAAGGACAGUUCCAAGCCAGCUGUCGCUCCUCUGGUAAUUUGUGUGCCGAGACCCAAGCCGUUUUUCUCUCAAAACGCCAUGCCGUAUAAUUAUGAACCUACAAGCAUAGAGAAUGGUAAAGAAAUAUCCUGGAGUCCCUCAACUUCCGUGAGUAACAUUGCAGAGAAUAGUCAAAUUCUGAGAAGUGGACGCAUCCUUCCGGCAGUUGUGCAAGCAAAGAAGAAAGCUCCGGUGAUAGAGUCAGUGCCAAUACCAGAUCCUAGCAAGGGUAAGAGUAUGGUUCAACCUGGUGAAACUGAUAAUGAUGAGAUUUUGAAGCUGAUCAAGAAAAGUGAUUAUAAGAUAGUGGAUCAGUUAUUGCAGACUCCAUCAAAGAUUUCUAGCAUGUCACUAUUGACAAGCUCUGAUGCUCAUAGGGAUGCAUUGAUGAAAGUGUUGAAUCAAGCCUACGUAGACCAUGAUGUGACUUUGGGUCAAUUUGGGAGCAUUGUUGGAAAUGUGACGGCAUGCAACAAUCUGAGUUUCAGUGAUGAAGACCUCCCAGUGGAGGGGAAGAACCAUAAUAUGGCCUUGCAUAUCUCUGUUAUGUGCAAAACAGAUUCUUUGUCCAAUGUCUUGAUAGAUACCGGUUCUUCCCUCAAUGUGAUGGCAAAGACGACCUUUGAUAAAUUGACAUAUUCAGAUGGAUUCAUUAGGCCUAGUUGUGUAUCAGUAAGGGCAUUUGAUGGAUCCAGGAAGACGGUAUGGGGAGAAGUAGAUUUACCUAUCACUGUUGGGCCCCAAGAGUUUAAAGUUACAUUCCAGAUAAUGGAUAUUCAAGCUUCCUAUAGCUGUUUACUUGGUAGACCAUGGAUUCAUGAAGCCGGGGCAGUAACAUCCACCCUUCAUCAAAAGUUAAAGUUUGUGAGUCGUGGAAAACUUGUUACAGUAAGUGGGGAAUCAGCUUUUUUGGUUAGCCAUUUGUCGUCUUUUUCCUUCAUUGGUGGUGAAAGUCCGGAUGGAACGUCAUUCCAAGGGCUUUCGGUCGAAAGCGGUACUACAAGAGGUGAAACAUGCAUGGCCUCUCUAAGGGAUGCUCAGAGAGUAAUUCAAGAAGGAAAAGCAGAAGGUUGGGGGAAGUUAGUACAGUUGCCUGAGAACAAGCGCAAGGAAGGUCUGGGUUUCUCCGGCAAUAAUCAAGUGAUGUUCGACCCAACUAGAGGUACUUUUCACAGUGCUGGAUUCAUUAAUGCGCCACCUGAAACUAAUGCAAUCUUGGAAGAUCAAUCAGAAGAGGUGGCACCUGACUUUGUGACUCCGGGUGGAAACUGCUGCAAUUGGAUUGCUGUUGACAUCCCUUCUGCGAUACCUCUUUCUAAACUGAACAUACAUGAGCCCGUUGAACAUAGUGACCCUAUGCUGCCUUCCAACUUUGAGUUCCCAGUUUACGAAGCUUGGGUAGAAGAGGAUGAAGAGAUUCCCGAUGAGCUCCGAUGGAUGUUAGAGCAAGAAAGAAAAGCCUUUCAGCCUCACAAGGAAGAAAUAGAGUUAAUCAACCUGGGCACUGAGGAUGAUAAAAAAGAAAUUAAGAUUGGAGCGUCGUUGGAGGCGUCUGUCAAGAAAAAGAUAAUUGAGCUUCUCAGAGAGUAUGAUGAUAUAUUUGCAUGGUCCUACAAAGACAUGCCGGGGUUAGACCAUGAUGUUGUGGAACACCGUUUGCCUUUGAAGCCCGAGUGUCCUCCAGUCAAGCAGAAGUUAAGAAGAUCUCAUCCAGAUAUGGCUCUCAAGAUCAAAGAGGAAGUACGAAAGCAAAUUGAUGCAGGUUUCUUGAUUACCUCUGAAUAUCCUCAAUGGUUGGCCAACAUAGUGCCCGUUCCAAAGAAAGAUGGUAAGGUCAGAAUGUGUGUUGACUAUCGGGAUUUGAACAAAGCUAGUCCGAAGGAUGAUUUCCCUUUACCUCACAUUGAUGUAUUGGUUGAUAGUACUGCUAGAUGCAAGGUAUUCUCCUUCAUGGAUGGAUUCUCCGGGUAUAACCAGAUCAAGAUGGCUCCAGAAGAUAGAGAAAAGACGUCGUUCAUCACGCCUUGGGGCGCGUUCUGCUACUUAGUAAUGCCGUUUGGGUUGAUAAAUGCUGGUGCCACUUACCAGAGAGGCAUGACUAAAAUAUUCCAUGAUAUGAUACAUAAAGAGAUUGAAGUGUAUGUGGAUGACAUGAUCGUCAAAUCAGGCACUGAAGAAGAACAUGUUGAGUAUUUGUCGAAGAUGUUUCAACGGUUGAGAAAGUACAAACUCCGUUUGAAUCCUAACAAGUGUACCUUCGGUGUUAGAUCCGGCAAGCUCUUGGGUUUUAUUGUCAGCCAGAAGGGUAUUGAAGUGGAUCCCGACAAAGUCAAAGCUAUCAGGGAAAUGCCUGCUCCAAAGACAGAAAAACAAGUUAGAGGUUUUCUAGGAAGACUGAACUACAUCUCCAGAUUCAUCUCUCAUAUGACUGCCACAUGUGGGCCGAUAUUCAAGUUACUCCGUAAAGAUCAAGGGAUUGUUUGGACGGAAGAUUGCCAGAAAGCUUUUGACAGCAUCAAAGGGUAUUUGUUAGAACCCCCGAUUCUUGUCCCUCCGGUCGAAGGGAGGCCUUUGAUCAUGUAUUUGACUGUGUUAGAAGAUUCUAUGGGCUGUGUGUUGGGUCAACAAGACGAGACUGGAAAGAAAGAGCACGCCAUUUACUACUUGAGUAAGAAGUUUACUGAUUGUGAGUCCCGAUAUUCUAUGCUUGAGAAAACCUGUUGCGCUUUGGCAUGGGCUGCUAAGCGUCUUCGUCACUAUAUGGUUAAUCACACUACUUGGUUGAUAUCCAAAAUGGAUCCGAUCAAGUACAUUUUUGAGAAGCCGGCUUUAACAGGAAGAAUUGCUCGUUGGCAGAUGUUAUUGUCCGAGUAUGACAUUGUCUACCGCACUCAGAAAGCCAUCAAAGGUAGUAUUCUUGCUGACCAUUUAGCUCAUCAACCAAUUGAAGAUUAUCAGCCUAUCAAGUUUGAUUUUCCAGAUGAAGAGAUCAUGUAUUUGAAGAUGAAAGAUUGUGACGAACCAUUGUUUGGUGAAGGUCCUGAUCCAGACUCUAAGUGGGGUUUGAUAUUUGAUGGGGCCGUUAAUGUCUAUGGUAAUGGAAUAGGGGCGGUUAUCCUUACUCCAAAGGGUACUCACAUUCCUUUCACUGCAAGACUCCGGUUUGAUUGCACGAACAACAUUGCAGAAUAUGAAGCUUGCAUCAUGGGUAUUGAAGAAGCCAUUGACUUGAGGAUCAAAAAUAUUGACAUAUAUGGAGAUUCAGCUCUUGUGAUUAACCAGAUCAAAGGAAAAUGGGAAACUCACCAUGAUGGUUUGGUACCUUACAGAGACUAUGCAAGACGUUUGUUGACUUUCUUCAACAAGGUGGAACUGCACCACAUUCCUCGGGAUGAGAAUCAAAUGGCAGAUGCCCUAGCUACUUUAUCUUCAAUGAUCAAAGUGAAUCAUGGCAAUGACGUGCCGCUGAUCAGUGUCAAAUUCCUUGAUAGGCCUGCUUAUGUGUUUGCAGCCGAAGCAGUUUUCGAUGAUAAGCCGUGGUUUCAUGAUAUUAAGGUGUUUCUUCAAACUCAAGAGUACCCUCCUGGGGCAUCCCGUAAAGAUAAGAGAACUUUAAGAAGAUUGUCUGGUAACUUCUUUCUAAGUGGAGAUGUUUUGUACAAAAGGAACUUUGAUUCAGUUUUGCUCCGAUGUGUGGACCGACGAGAAGCAGAUUUAUUAAUGCAUGAGAUACAUGAAGGCUCAUUUGGGACCCAUUCUAGUGGAUAUUCAAUGGCUAAGAAAGCAUUGAGGGCAGGCUACUACUGGAUAACAAUGCAUGCUGAUUGCCAUCACUAUGCCAAGAAAUGUCACAAGUGCCAGAUUUAUGCAGAUAAGAUUCAUGUACCACUGUCUAUGCUCAACGUUAUCUCGUCUCCGUGGCCGUUCUCUAUGUGGGGCAUUGAUAUGAUUGGUCGGAUCGAACCAAAAGCUUCCAAUGGACAUCGUUUCAUACUAGUGGCCAUUGACUACUUCACCAAGUGGGUUGAAGCGGCUUCUUAUGCCAAUGUGACCAAGCAGGUGGUGGUCCGGUUUAUCAAGAACAAUAUCAUAUGUCGCUAUGGUGUCCCUAACAAGAUUAUCACGGAUAAUGGGGCAACCCCUUUUUCCUUGGUGUAUGGUACGGAAGCGAUACUUCCUGUAGAAGUUGAAAUCCCGUCUUUGAGAGUCUUGAUGGAAGCUGAGUUGUCAGAGGCUGAAUGGUGUCAGAAUAGGUACGAUCAGUUGAAUUUGAUUGAGGAGAAGCGCAUGGCUGCUUUGUGUCACGGACAACUAUAUCAGACAAGGAUGAAACAAGCAUUUGAUAAGAAGGUUCGUUCCCGUGAAUUUAAAGAAGGAGACCUAGUAGUCAAGAGUAUCAAGUCUUUUCAACCAGACCCUAGGGGCAAGUGGACACCUAAUUAUGAAGGUCCCUAUGUAGUGAAGAGAGCUUUCUCUGGUGGUGCUUUAAUUCUUACAACCAUGGAUGGAGAGGAUUUACCUCGUCCUGCUAAACCUAACCCAUAUGUUGGUGGAGUCAGUAUGCUAAUUAUAAAUGGUGGGUAUGAAACAAUUUGGCCAGCUAUCUAUACAAGGUCAGGGCCAAAAGUGGUUCCAUCUGGUAUCAAAUUGGAACCUGAAGAACAAUAUGAUCUCAAAGUCCCUGAUUCAUGGUCAGGCACAAUAUGGGUAAGAACUGGAUGUAGUGGAAACCCUAAUAGUAACUUUCAUUGUGCUAUUGGUGAUUGUCGUACUAAUAAUAUUCAUUGCCAUUACAAGGAACCACACCCACCUGUGACUCAAGUGAAAUUCAAUUUAGUUCCAAAAGGUGGUGGUAGUAGUUCCUAUAAAGUGGACCUUAAAGAUGGUUUUAGUUUACCUGUUACAUUAACCCCUUUAGAAUCCAAAUGCAAGAAAAUCAUGUGCGAUAUGAAUUUGUUGGAUCAAUGUCCUAAUUGGUUGGCUGUGUAUAGCGAUGAAGGGAGAAAGAUUGCUUGCAAGAGUCCAUGUUAUACCACUAGAGAGCCAAAGCAUUGUUGCACUGAGGAAUAUGCUUCACCUGAAAAGUGUGCGCCAAAUCGAUACACAGAGCUUUUAGAGAAUCGAUGUCCAAGUACUGUCUCUAAUGCUUUUGAUGAAACUCAUUUCACAUGUUUUGGUGGGACUAGUUUUUUAAUAUUAUUCGGCUAA